AUGAGUUACGACAAAAAGAACGAGGACGAGUCCAGCCUGCUCAAGGUCGACCGUACCUCGGUCUUCCAAGAGGCUCGCGUCUUCAACUCGUCGCCCGUUUCCCCUCGCAAAUGCCGUGUCCUGCUCACCAAAAUCUCCCUCCUGCUUAUGACUGGUGAAAAGUUUCCUCAGAAUGAAGCCACCUCCCUCUUCUUCGGCAUUUCCAAGCUGUUCCAAAACAAAGAUGCCUCCCUCCGCCAAAUGGUCUACCUGGUCAUCAAGGAGCUCGCCAAUACCGCCCAGGAUGUCAUUAUGGUCACCAGCAGUAUCAUGAAGGACACAGCUGUUGGAAGCGACGUCGUAUACCGUGCCAACGCCAUCCGUGCUCUUUGUCGCAUCAUUGACGCUUCCACUGUCCAGGCCAUUGAGCGCAACAUCAAGACGGCCAUCGUCGACAAGACUCCCUCUGUUUCCUCGGCCGCUCUCGUCUCCUCGUACCACUUGCUUCCCAUUGCUCGCGACAUCGUCCGCCGCUGGCAGAGCGAGACCCAGGAGGCUGCUUCGAGCACAAAGUCUUCGGGUGGCUUCUCCCUCGGCUUCGGUACCUCAGCCUCGCACAGUCUGGCUGCAGCAAACACAAACUUCAUGACCCAGUACCAUGCUAUUGGUCUGCUCUACCAAAUGCGCUCUCACGAUCGUAUGGCUCUGGUCAAGAUGGUUCAACAGUACAGUGCAGCCGGAGUAGUCAAGAGCCCUGCAGCCCGUCUCAUGCUGGUCCGUCUGGCUGCUAAGCUUAUCGACGAGGAUCCUGGCCUUCGUGCUCCCAUGAUGAAGUUGCUUGAUGGUUGGUUGCGCGACAAGAGCGAGCUGGUCAACAUCGAAGCUGCCAAGGCUAUCUGCGAGGUUCGCGAUCUGACCGACAACGAGGUCAUGCAAGCCGUUCACGUCCUGCAACUCUUCUUGACCUCUCCCCGCUCCGUCACCAAGUUUGCUGCCAUCCGUAUCCUUCACAACUUUGCCUCCUUCAAGCCCGAGGCUGUUCGCCAAUGUAACCCCGAUAUUGAGGCUCUCAUCACAAACUCCAACAGAUCUGUUGCGACAUUCGCUAUUACCACCCUUCUCAAGACUGGCAAUGAAUCGAGCGUCGACCGUCUGAUGAAGCAGAUCUCCGGCUUCAUGGCUGAGAUCACUGACGAGUUCAAGAUUACAGUCGUUGAGGCUGUCCGUACGUUGGCUCUCAAAUUCCCUAGCAAGCAGGCCGGUAUGCUCGCCUUCCUUAGCACUUCGAUCCGCGACGAGGGAAGCUACGAGUUCAAGAGCAGUGUUGUCGAGGCCAUCUUCGAUCUUAUUAAGUUCGUGCCGGAAAGCAAGGAAGACGCUCUUUCGCAUCUGUGCGAAUUCAUCGAGGACUGUGAGUUCACCAAGCUUGCUGUCCGCAUUCUGCAUCUGCUAGGAAUGGAGGGCCCCAAGACCGCCAACCCCACCAAGUACAUCCGUUAUAUCUACAACCGCGUCGUACUCGAGAACGCCAUCGUGCGUGCCGCUGCUGUUACCGCCCUGGCCAAGUUCGGUGUCGGUCAACAAGAUCCCGAUGUCAAGCGUAGUGUCAAUGUCCUUCUUACCCGCUGUCUCGACGAUACGGAUGACGAGGUCAGAGAUCGUGCAGCCCUCAACUUGCGUUUGAUGAAGGAGGACGACGACAUGGCCAGCAAGUUUGUCAGAAAUGACUCAAUGUUCUCAUUGCCGGUUCUGGAGCACCAGCUUGUCAUGUAUGUGACAGCAGACUCCUCGGCUGCCUUCUCUCAGCCGUUCGAUCUCGGUUCCGUCCCCGUUGUCACUCGUGAACAGUCGCUGGCCGAGGAUCGUACCAAGAAACUCACUACCGCCACCCCCACCCUCAAGGCACCUUCGGCAGGUCCCAAGCCCGCAGCUGCUCGUGGUUCAGCAGAGGCAGCUGCUUCGGCAAGUGCGGCCGCUCAGAAAUACGCACAACAACUCCAAGCCAUUCCUGAGCUUGCAUCAUACGGAGGUGUUUUGAAGAGCAGUGCUAUCGUCGAGCUGACCGAGAGCGAGACUGAGUACGUUGUCACCGCCGUCAAGCACUUGUUCAAGGAGCACGUCGUCAUCCAAUACGACAUCAAGAACACGUUGCCCGACACAGUCCUUGCCGACGUGACAGUAGUCUGCACACCGACAGCGGCCGACGAGUCAGAGGACAGCGGUCUGGAAGAGGAGUUCACCAUUCCUGCUCCUAUGCUCAAGACAGACGAGCCUGGCACUGUAUACGUGUCUUUCAGGCGUCCAGAGGGACAAGAGUUCUCAGCAGCAAACUUCACCAACGUUCUCAAAUUCACAAGCAAGGAGAUUGACCCGUCGACCAACGAGCCCGAAGAGCACGGCUACGAAGACGAGUACGAGAUCUUCGACUUGGACCUUGUCGGCUCCGACUACAUUGUACCUGCGUUCGCCGGCAACUUUGACAACAUCUUCAACAGCAUCCCCUCAGACGAUGAGCACGAGGCCGAAGAGACCCUGCAGCUCUCUAAUGCCAAGACGCUGGCCGAGGCUACCGAGUUGCUUGUCAAGAGUCUGGGCAUGCAACCUCUCGAGGGCAGCGAAGUGGUACUGUCAGCAAGCACACACAGUCUGAAGCUUUACGGCAAGAGUGUGACGGGCGGCAAGGUGGCAUCGCUGGUCAGAAUGGCAUUCAGUGCCAAGAGUGGUGUUACCAUCAACAUCAAGGUACGAAGUGAAGAGGAGAUGUUGGCAGCUCUUGUCAUCGGAGGAGUUGCAUGA